AGAUCUCAAAUUUCUCCUAGUAUUUUGCUGCUUUGUUUGUUUCUUGAGAAAAAAAAAAAGAAAGCUUCCCUUUCAAGUAGGAAAGAGAAAUCCAUGCUUCCUUUAAGUUUCGCAAGUCCCUUCAUUGUACCAUUCUUCCAAAAGUUUCUAAAUCUGAUUUCUUUUCUUGAACAUUUUUCCUUGCUUCCGGUGAUUUGAUACAUUCCUUUUUAUUAUCUUCAAUAGUUUUCUUUUCGGUGCUAAAAGAAACUCUACGUUCAUUCUUCUCUUAAUUUCUGGAUUUUUUUUCGUGGUUUUCGUAUAAUUUGGAGUGUAAUAAUUAAAUUCGAACUUUAAUUUUUUUCCUAUUUUUCAAUUUCUAAAAGAGGUCUCAUAUUUCCUUCCUCGACGCUCAGAGGAGUAAAGAAGAGUUGACCUUUGCUUACGUUUAAGCUCUUCUUAGCUUCAGUUACUUUGAUGAAGAUUAUAAGUUUGAAUAAAGGUUUUAUGGGAAGGACAUGGAAACUAAGAUUUUCAAUUAAGAGAAACUAAGAGUUUUUUUUUUUGGGGGGGGGGGUGUGAUUAGGGUUUUUAAAACCCCUCCAAAAUAAUAGUUUCUGAUUUAGCUGUUGCAUGCGUGUGGAUCUUCUGCACCAUAACUGUAAUUUAAGCAAACCAUUUUGGAGGACAUAAUAAUUCUUUUGGGGUUCUUUGUUAGUGCUAAGAGUAAAUGUCGUUCCGAAGUAUAGUUAACGACGUGAGGGAUGCUAUCGGGAGCUUAUCUAGGCGUAGUUUUGAGGUGAGGUUGCCUGGUCAUCAUAGGGGAAAAUCUCAGGGUUCAGUGCUUGAGUUGCAUGAUCAACCUAUGGUUGUCCAGAAUAGCCGCUGGGCAAGCCUUCCCCCAGAGCUGUUGCGUGAUGUGAUAAAGAGAUUGGAAGCGAGUGAGAGCACGUGGCCUGCUCGCAAGCAUGUUGUUGCUUGUGCCGCAGUAUGCAGGUCAUGGAGGGAAAUGUGCAAAGAAAUUGUUAGAUGUCCUGAGUUCUCUGGGAAAAUCACCUUUCCAGUUUCUCUGAAGCAGCCUGGACAUAGGGAUGGAACUAUCCAAUGCUUCAUAAAGAGAGACAAAUCUAAUUUAACUUAUCAUCUUUUCCUUUGCCUUAGUCCUGCCUUGCUUGUUGAGAAUGGGAAGUUUCUUCUUUCUGCAAAACGGACCCGUAGAACUACUUGCACAGAGUAUGUAAUCUCUAUGGAUGCAGAUAGUAUAUCGAGAUCUAGCAGCAAAUACAUUGGAAAACUUAGGUCUAAUUUUCUUGGUACCAAAUUCAUAAUUUAUGACACUCACCCUCCAUACAACAAUGCUAAGCUUUCACCACCUGGUCAAAGCCGAAGGUUGUAUUCAAAAAAGGUCUCUCCAAAGGUCCCCACCGGUAGCUACAACAUUGCCCAGGUCUCCUAUGAGCUGAAUGUGCUAGGUACUAGGGGACCUCGUAGGAUGCACUGUAGUAUGUACACAAUUCCUGCUUCAGCCCUCGAGCCAGGUGGCAUUGUCCCUGGCCAGCGGGAGCUUAUGCCCCGAUCCCUUGAAGACUCGUUUCGAAGCAUCUCUUUCUCAAAGGCCAUUGACAACUCAUCUGAGUUUAGUAGUGCAAGAUUCUCGGACAUUGUUGGAACCCGCGAUGAAGAGGAUGAAGGAAAGGAAAGGCCUUUGAUUCUAAGGAACAAACAACCAAGAUGGCAUGAGCAGUUACAGUGUUGGUGCCUGAACUUUCGAGGAAGGGUUACAGUUGCAUCGGUCAAGAACUUUCAGUUGAUUGCUGCAAACCAACCAGCAGCUGGUGCACCAACCCCAUCACAGCCAGCACAACCCGACCACGAUAAGAUAAUCCUCCAGUUUGGUAAAGUUGGCAAGGACAUGUUUACCAUGGACUACAGAUAUCCACUCUCUGCAUUCCAGGCGUUUGCAAUCUGCUUGAGCAGCUUCGACACCAAAUUGGCAUGUGAGUAACAGAGAAAGCUACAUGUUAAGCAAAUACAACUGUUAGCUGGGU